UCUGUCUCUGUCUUGUGCUUUCCUUUUUCUCUUUUCCAGAUGAUUGGUGAUUAAUCUAUCCAGCUGCCGGUAUGAGAGUGUGCGUAGGGUGGCCCAACAGUAUGGCCUUCGAGAGGGAGGUGACAACGAUGACUGGACUCUGUACUGGACGGACUACUCGGUAUCACUGGAGAGGGUGAUGGACAUGAAGAGCUACCAGAAGAUCAAUCACUUCCCUGGGAUGAGUGAAAUCUGCCGCAAGGACUUGCUGGCUAGGAAUAUGAGCCGCAUGUUAAAGAUGUUCCCUAAAGAUUUCCACUUUUUCCCUAGGACCUGGUGUCUUCCUGCUGACUGGGGAGAUUUGCAGACCUAUAGCAGGUCAAGAAAAAAUAAGACAUACAUUUGUAAGCCGGACUCAGGUUGCCAAGGGAGAGGUAUAUUCAUCACCCGCACUGUGAAAGAAAUCAAACCAGAGGAGGAUAUGAUCUGUCAGCUCUAUAUUUCAAAGCCCUUUAUUAUUGAUGGGUUCAAGUUUGACCUACGGAUUUAUGUGCUGGUGACAUCAUGUGACCCUCUCAGGAUUUUUGUGUACAAAGAAGGACUGGUCCGCUUUGCUACCACUUCUUACUCUUACCCCUGCACAGACAACCUGGAUGAUAUUUGCAUGCACCUGACUAAUUAUUCCAUUAAUAAGCACAGUUCCAACUUCAUUCAAGAUGCUUACUGUGGCAGCAAGAGGAAGCUCUCUACCUUCAACACGUACAUGGAGAACCACGGCUUCAAUGUGGGACAGAUAUGGAGGGCUAUCGAGGAUGUCAUCAUCAAGACAAUCAUCUCGGCUUACCCAGUCAUCAAACAUAACUACCACACCUGCUUCCCUGGCCACACACUUAACAGUGCCUGCUUUGAAAUCCUGGGCUUCGACAUCUUAUUGGACCACAAACUCAAACCCUGGCUGCUGGAGGUCAACCACUCUCCAAGCUUCUCUACUGACUCCCGGUUGGAUAAAGAUGUGAAAGACAGUCUGCUGUAUGACACCCUGGUACUGAUCAAUCUGGAAAGUUGUGACAAAAAGAAAGUCUUGGAGGAGGAGAGAAAGCGGGGGCAGUUCCUGCAGCAGUGUCCCUCCCGGGAGGUCAGGAUUGAGGAAGCCAAGGGUUUCCAAGCAGUGCAGUUACAGAAAACAGAGAAAUAUGAGAAGGAAAAUUGUGGCGGGUUCCGGCUGAUUUAUCCCACUCUGAAUUUGGAGAAGUAUGACAAGUUUUUCCAGCACAAUUGCUCCCUCUUCCAGAAUACUGCUGCUUCCAGGGCUCGGGAGUUGUAUGCCCGGCAACUGAUCCAGGAGCUGAGACUGAAACAGGAGAAGCAAUCCUUCCAAAUGAAAGAGAAGAAGGUGGAGAUGCAGGGAGAGUCAGAGAUAGCCGGCGAGAAAGCAAGGGGCAAGAGCACCAAGAACCAGCAGAAAAAACAACAGAAACACAAGACCACCGCCCACAGCCCCAAACAAUACUUCCGGCCAUUGGCAUUAGUGUCCUGCACACCUGAGUUGCUCUUAAGUGUCAAAGAUGUAAAGAAGAAUGAAACAGGCAGUAGCCUUGACCAGGAGGCCGCAAAGAAGAAGACUGAUUCUGCUCCCUGCAAGCCUAUCUCUGCAAGACACUGCAGAUCUGUACCUGACAUGAGGCGGUUAAGACUCAAUUCCUCUGGGUUACAGUGCUGUGAAACCAAUUCCAGAAUCAAGAUGGCCAAGUCAGUCAAUGAAGUGAACAUAUUUUCUAGUACCAUGCCCUUAACCUCAGUAGAAACUACCCCUGAAUCUACCACCUGGGACUCAACCUCUCCAGAGUUGCUACCAAGCCUGACACUGACCACCAGCUCUGAAUGCAGCAGCCCAGAAAUUGUCAGGAUAGUAUCCUUUAAAUAUAAGCAGCAGCAGAUUCCCCAGAAGCUCAUCCAGGAGAACAUAUCAAAACCUUCUGUGCCUACAAAAUCCUGGAGCUUCUCGCACAAUUUGAACCCAAGCUGGGCUUUGCUAAAGAAUGACACGAAGGAGAAGCAUCUGGUGUCAGAGCUAUUGGCAAAGCUUCGGUUAAGAGGGAGGCUCUCCUUGUUCCCAGCUUACUGCAGCCCGAAGCAGGUGCUGAGUGACAUGUCACAAAAAUCCUUCCUGCCAAGGAAGGGCUUCUCCUUUAGCCACAGCCCUGGUGAGAAGACGCAGAUGGAUGUGCCCUCCCUCCUCCUCUUGCAGAACCCUCACAGCUCUGACUAUUCUCUGAAGGACCUUCUGGUGGUUGCCACUCCAGCCCGACUGGAUCCAAGGCCUUGCAGGAGCCAUACAGGUGCUAUGAGGAACCCCCAUAUACAGGAGCAAGAAGCAUACAGCCACUGCCUGAUCUCUGGCCAAAAAGGAUGUGAAAGGAACUAG